AUGUUUCUAAUUUCGUUACUCGUGUUUUUAAAUUUAAUAUUCGCUUCACCAAUAAACUUGAAUAAAAAUAACAUAAUUGCUAAAAGGGAUAUAUCAUGGGAUCCACAAUCUGCUUUUCAAACAACUAUAAAUACUACUUGGAAUUUAUUUUGGAAUACUCAAUACCAGGCUUUUAAUGCAUAUGAUCCACAAUGUCAAGGUGGGUUUAAUUAUGAUUCAUUAUGGAGUGUUGCUGUUGCCAGUAAAGCUGUUGUAAAUGGUGGUGACCCGCAAAAGAUUCAAUUAGUUAUGAAUGCAUUAUAUAAAUAUCAAAAUACUCAAACUGGUUGGUUUACAAGUACUCCAGGUGGUGGAGAAAUAUAUACUGAUGAUAAUGCACAAGUUGUUUGGGUAUUUUUAGAUGCUUAUAAGAUAACAUCAAAUCAACAAUAUUUAAACACUGCAAUAAAUUUAAUGCAUUUAAUUCAAACUCAAUGGUCCAAAAUUGGUGGUAUAUUAUGGCAAGUUGGUCAAACAUAUGUUGCUUCUAUCUCAACUACUGAGGCUGCUUUAAGUGCUGUUAGAGUUUAUGAAUAUAAUCAAGAUCAAACUCUUUUGACAUUUGCUAAUAGUUGUCUUGGUUGGUUGGAUACUCAUUUAACUGAUACCGAUGGGUUUUAUUUUGAUGGUUUGGAUAGUAAUACAUGGUCGAUUAAUCGAGGUAAAUUGACAUAUACUGUUGGUACUGCUAUUUCUGCCUAUACUUACUUAUCAAAAUUUACAAGUAAUUUACAAUAUUUGAAUAAAGCGGUGACCUUAGCUAAUUCGGUAUUUAAUUCAAGAGUAUUCUUAAGUGCUAAUGGAGCAUGGAAUAAUAAUUUGAGUUACUCCCAUUUAUUAUUUGUUGGAAUAGCAGACUUAAUAUCAAUUGGAGGAGCAACACAAUUUUCAUCGGGUUUAGAAACUCAAGCAAAUUUUGUUUGGUUAUUUGAUCAAUUAAGCCCAGGAAACUUUGGAGAUUAUCAGAAUAUAAAAUCAUUACAUGAUAAUUAUGUACAAGUAACUGGUGACAAUAGCAUAGGUUAUACUUUCGUUGCAGAUAACUAUUGUAAUGGAAAUGUUGCACAACCAAAAAGAACUUUAUUAAAUGAUGGUUCAGCUGCUCAAAUUUUUAAUUCGAUUGCUAGAAGUACUUCAUAG